GAAGGCCCUGAUGGACCUGCCUCUGAUCACUGCUGAUAAUGAGCCAAGCCAGACAGAAUUUUACACACAAACGCAACGCCAGUGUGUUAAUCAGACCAGCUAAUCAGGUCUGAGCUCUUUUCAAUGUACUGUUCUGCAGCCUUUCUGAACAACAGAAGUCAGAGUUGUCUUCAGAUAUAUUGUUUCUCCUCAGGUUUAAGAGGCUGGUGAUGGUAUGGAGGAUCCUAAAAUGUUUACAGAUUUGCAGAGAAUGGAGGUGAAAUGUCUGGGACCUCUUUAACCUUACACCCUUACAUUCCUUUGGGUGCAAUUAAGUUCCUUCGUUAAUACAGUAGUUGUAGCCUGAGGAACAUUCCUUGACUUGUUUUAUCACCUUGGUUGUCACUAAUGCACAGCUGUGCAGCAUUACACCAGCAUAGUGGCAGAAAAAACACAUUUUAAUUUUGUAAUAUAUUGGCCUGAAAUGAUGCACAGCAUGAUGCACAGCAUGUACAACAACAUUAGAUACGUUUCAUUGUCAGUUACUGAAUAGCCUGCAAGCUCUCCACCCUAAAUGUCACAUCGUUCCCAGUAGAUACCUGUUUGGUUGGUCUCUUAUGUUUGUUUGGUACUUGAAGGAGGCCCGAAGCUACAGGCAUGUUGGCAGCCUUUGUUGGUUCAGCAAGACGUUUCCAGUCAUUAGACUAGAUUGAGGAGCUAAUUUACUUUGCUGGUAAGCUAAUGGACAAAAUGUGUUGUUACCAGUAAGGAUGAUGGAACGCACAUGCUGUUGAGUUAAUGCUUUAGAUCUAUCUAUUUGUGUUGCUGAUGUUCUGUCUUCAGAAUAUCUUUUCAUUUCGAUGGAUUGCCUGUUCAUAUCUUUCAUAUAUUGAUAAAGAUAUUUUCCCAAAUGGGGGGGCAAGCAUGAGGGGUGUUUUUCCUUGUUUUCUCUAUCUGAACCUUUGCUAUGGUUGCAUGCAGCCUGACAUCUGGGCUCCACCUUGGGCCAAAGGUAUGAGCCCAACUUCAAAAGGCAAAUCCGACACAGAGGCACAUCAGGAUGAGUUCCCCACUGAGAGGAUCGGCUCCAAGCAUCUGGCUCAAACCUUAUUUUGAUCUCCUGUGCUUUAUUUCCAGUUGGCCCUUCUCAGUGGAGACAAAGGGGUGGAGUGCGGUUGUGUGGGGCAGAGAAAAGCAUGGCAGCAACUUGGCUCAAAGUUCGACUUGCUUUUCUAAAUGUUUAAAACUCAUUUUCAACAGAUAGAACGAGAAGAGAGGUUUUUCUUUAACCAAACAAGAUGACAUAGACGACUGGGAACACCUGGAAUACGAGUAAGUAUACAGUGGGAAAGUAUAUACAUUUCAGGCAUCAGCAGCUAAUGGAAUCGGUAAUAAAUUAGAUUAUUUGACAGAAGUGGAGCAUGUGCUGCAGUUAAUCAUAACACCUUCUCCUCGGGCUCACACCAUAAUCUUCCUCAACUAUGGCUCAUGUUUUACGUAUACAGGUAUUCACCUUUUGUUAUAAUUUACUGCUUCACACUUUGCAGAUGGUGUUAACAUUGAAGCUAAAAAAAUAAGUCAGGUCAGCUCAGUGCAGAGAACACUUGGUGGUAAUACGACACUACAAGCAGCAGUGCAUUCUGUUGUUUAUUGACAGUUGAGUUAGAGUUUCAUAACUUAUCUGAGUCAUCCAGAGUUGAGAGCUCAGAAUUGCGUGUGAGCAAUGUUUCACAUGGUGUCUGCCAGAGGUCAGAAACAGGUCACGUUACUACGAGUCAACGAGAGGAAAAAACAAUGGCUAAUAAUAAAAAAAUAAUAAGCACGACAGAUAAGCACAUCAAAUAUUUGUUAUUUAACUUUCAAGUAUAAAAUAAACUGUAGCUGAUCACUUUUUUUCAGGAACUGCAGACGCAUUGGAUGCAGUUCUAUCAAGCUAAAUUAAAACUUCAGUUUACUACUGAUUAUCUGAGUCUUUCUCUACACACAGAAUCUCUCCUCUGGGAGAGCAGGUCUAAUAAAUAGGCUCAGUGGAGGAGCGUAUGUGGUCUUCGGUGACUUGGUAAUUAGGCAUGAAUAGCAAAGCCAUUAUCAGGGCUGGUUUUAUGGGACGAAAUAGGAUACUUGACACUUGACAAAAUAUUGUGAUUUUAAAACCAGCCAAGACUCCCAAUACAUUGUUAUCAAAUAAAGCUGCAGAAAUUCAGUUUAGCUUCGGCAGUACUAGAAUGAAGCCCCUUUGAUCACAUUAGAUUAUAGGUGCGUUUCUGUGUGUGCGACAUGAUGUAGAGGAUGCAGGACUCCGGUUUCUCAAGAGAGAAGAAAGCCCUCUUUGUUUUGGUGACCACAGGCUCGGAGCCACACACACACUCACAUCCACACAUUCUCGGAUAUACUCCCAGAGAGGCUCAAAUUAGACCUGGAAGGUGAUUUCUUUCAGGAGAGACGCUCUCUGGAGACGGACCAGGUUCAUGUGAGGACGUGUCACGUAAAUGGGCCAUCAGAAAUAUGAGCAUGGCUUUGUCCACUGUGUAUCUAUGGAUGGCAGCUCUUUGUGUUUCAUUAUGCAGGGAUCCUACGUGUUUGUGUGAAGCUAUUCUGGGAUAAUCUUAACUGUUCAGCGGUUAAAUGUGUUUUGCUCUUGAUGAAGGGAUUUUAAAGAACAAGUCUUGACAGAUCAUGGUUGUGCAGCCCCGUUGGCAAAUAGUUUGCAUGUAUUUAUUUGGUAAGAGAGACAGUGCACUCUCAUUGGUGGAUGCAAAUCAUUGCAUGCAAGACAAGUAAAUAAUCUGUCUAGGUCUAAGUUUGAACCUGUCUUUUUUUUGUAAGGCCUUGACUUGAAUGCGUGGCUCAAAACUCCCACACAGCAAUGAAAAAGUGAAUUCUAGCAACACAAAUUGCUUUCAUUAUUGUAAUAUGUUUAUCAUUGGUAUGCAGCAUUGCUAUUCAGAUGUGUGAGCAUGUGUCAGAGUGUGUGUGCGUGUGUUCUAUAGGACGAGGGCCUCCGGUUUUCCUCUUAUAGGCUGCUGGAAAUAGCCUGCAAGUAAGAAAUAUUUGAAAGUUGUGAUUCGCGCAGACGUCCCUCAUUUCCAAACUCUCUGUCUCUCAAAAACUUGCACAGUCGUGCUCCAACACAUAACGCAGACAUUCAAACAAUGACUUCUCCCUGCUGCCCGCCAUGUGUGGAUUGGGUGUGUUUGUAUUGUGCUGUUGGAUAGUUCGGGAUGUGGGGUGGUGUGUGCGUUAGAUCGGGGGGGCAUCCGCUGUGAGUUACAGCAGAAAGGGAAGGGAGCAGGACGGGGCAGUUGUACAGAGCAAGGGCUGAAAUAACAGUGGAGGAAAUUAUCCUGUUUCCAGUCACUGCUGGAAGGAUAUCGCCGCUGCUCUAAUAUGACCAGAAGCCCAAAGCACGGCCCGCAUUCCAGCAUCGGCGACCAGGUCGACCACCUAUCACUGGCCUCCCUGGAGUCGUUCGACGCCAUGUCUGAGGCCGACUCACCCACAGCCUUCACCCGGGGCAGCCGGAUUCGCGCUAGCCUGCCCGUGGUGCGAUCGACCAACCAGACAAAGGACCGCUCGCUAGGUGUGCUGUACCUGCAGUACGGGGACGAGACCAAACAGCUCCGCAUGCCGAAUGAGAUCACCAGUAUCGACACUAUCAGAGCUCUGUUUGUUAGUGCCUUCCCACAGCAGCUCAACAUGAAGAUGCUGGAGUCGCCCAGCGUUGCCGUCUACGUCAAAGACGACAUGAGAAACAUGUACUACGAGCUCACUGAUGUCAGGAACAUCAUAGAUCACUCCUGCCUGAAGGUCUACCACAAAGACCCAGCACAGGCGUUCAGCCAUGGUCCAAGACCUGCCAAUGGCGAUGCCAGGAUGAACAGUGAAAUGAUGCAUGCUGUUCGUGAUGGCCCGCACCCUCUGAGACAGCCCCCCAUGGGUCCCCCAUCACACCACCCCAUGCAGGGAGCACUUUCCCCAACUCCUCACUCCAUGCCCCCAUCCCCCUCCAGAAUCCCAUUUGGCCCACGGCAGGGCUCUAUACCUGGCAACGCCACUAUCCCAAGGGACCGACUGUCUAAUGCCAACCCUCCGGCCCGCUCCAUCUCACCCUGUCCCAGUGCCAUCCUGGAGAGACGGGAUGUCAAGCCAGAUGAGGACAGGGGUGGCAAAAGCCACAGUCUAUCUAGGGGAAAUGAGGGGUUGUAUGCAGACCCAUACUUGCUCCAAGAUGGAAGAAUGAGCAUGGCUGCUGCCCAUGGACCACACCCUGGGCUGGAUUGUCCAGAUCAUGGCAUGGGGGGAUUUCACCGUGCCUCCAUUCGCUCCACAAGCUCUUACAGCCCCAGCCCCACAGACACUAUGGAUCACCCCUCACUGUACAGGCAGAAGUCCAGAAACAGCCAGCUGCCUACUUUGGGCUCCAAGACUCCUCCCCCAUCCCCUCACCGGAUGGCUGAGGUACGGAUGAUUGACAUCCAUGGCGGGCCUCCUCAUGGCGGGCCUCCUCAUGGCGGGCCUCCACAUGGCGGGCCUCCACAUGGCGGGCCUCCACAUGGCGGGCCACCUCACGGUGUUUCCAUGGAGAGAAGCUCACCUGUGCGCCAGUCAUUCAGGAAGGAGGAAGUGGCAGGGACCAAGCCCCGAAACAACAUGGGAUCACCUGUAGUUCCAGACCUCCAGGGUCACCUCCAGGGCCCCAUCGCAGUUGCUAGUGAGCAUCAAACACGAGUGCGAAUGAAGGCUAUGGAGCAACAGAUUGCCAGCUUGACUGGUCUUGUUCAGCAUGCACUUUUAAAGGAGCCAAACACUAGUGGCACCAAGGAGCUACUAAGUGAGAUACCACCGAAGACAUCAUCUCCAGCCCACAGUGCACAUAGCUCAGGUGGUUCCCCAGUCUUGGCUCCCAAGAGCAGCGCGGCUCCAUUAGACAAGGGUCCAGUUCCUCUGAAAGUCAACCUCCUGCAGUUCAGAAAGAAUGUUUCUGACCUCAGGAUCCAACUCCAUCAGAUGAGACAGCAGCAGGUCCAGAACCAAGAGGCAUUACGAGUCCAGCUGAAGCGGGCAGAGCAGGAAAUCAGUGUUAAACUUGCAGAGGCCAUGCGAGGCCUGGAGGACCCUGUGCAGAGACAGAGAGCUUUGGUAGAAGAGGACAGGCACAAGUACUUGGGUCUGGAGGAGCGUGUCCUCACACAACUCGGUGAGCUGGAGCAGUAUGUAGGCUCCCUGCAGAAAGACUCGGCAGCGACACAGAGAGUAGUGACUCUGAAGGACGUGGAGGAGGGAGCAGUGACUCUGAGAAAGCUGGGAGAAUCUCUGGCAGGGCUCAAAGGAGAGUUCCCAUCCCUACAAACAAGAAUGCGGUCUGUGCUCAGGGUGGAAGUGGAAGCAGUCAAGUUUUUGAAGGAGGAGCCUCAUAAACUGGACAGCAUGCUGAAAAGGGUCAAGAGCCUGACUGACACACUCAGCAGUCUGAGAAGAUGUGCUACUGAGGGCCCUCAGAAAGGACCUGAUCCCUCUGCUAAUGUCCCAGUGGACAACAGCUCUUCAGCAGCGGCAGAAGCUCCCGCACCAUCAGUCCAGCCUGGCUCCACAUCAGCCCCGCUGGAACCCCAGAGCUCCACCAUCAAAUCAGAGGUGAUGCCUUCCUCUCCGGUGGUCAUCCAUCAUGUCCAGAGCUCCCCGGUCCACAUACAGCAGUCCCAGCAGUCUGCAGCCUUGACAGCUCAGCCCAGUCCACCGCUCACCCCCAGCCCCUCACAGAUCCCCAGUCCCACCCCGGGCAAGAGUCAAGGCCGGGACUCUCCCAAGGGGGCAGCCUCCGAUCCACCAAGUCCUGCCCAUCAUAAGAAGACACAAGGGAACCCAGUGAAUAAUGGAAACGGCACUGCCCCCCAGAGUAUUGUCUUAGAGGAGCUCCAGAGCAGUCAGGACAAGAGCAAAAACAGAGCUUUCUCCAUAAAGGCAGCAGAAAAGGAGUGGGAAGAGAGGAGGCAGAACAUGGGUCACUAUGAUGGAAUAGAGUUCGACAAGAUCCUCCAGGAAGCCCAGGCCAACAUGAUGAAGGGCAUUCCCAGUCUAGAGGUGGAAGAGAACCCAGCACUGACCCCUGAUGCCACUGCAGAACAAGCAGACAUCCACAAUGCUGUGGAGUCACCGACAGAGCCCCAGUCUGAGCCUCACUCUGAUAAACCAGGCAAGAAGGGGCCUGAGAAACUCCCAAAGCCUGUGAUGGAGAAACCAGCCAAACCUGCACCGGAGAGACCCUCCAAGACUGCCACCAAGCCAGUCUCCACUGACAGCUUUACUAAGCAGGGGUCUGAAAAGUCAAGCAAGUCUCCACCACCACCUCCUCCAAGGAAGACUUUCUCCAGCUCGAGCUCAGGCAUGACUACCACACGCUCCGGUGAAGUGGUCUACACCAGCAGGAAAGAGUCCGUCUCGGCUCAGGAGGGUGAAGAGGACACUCCACCGCCCAGUCCACUACCAAAGCCAAACAAGGUUCCACCAGAGACCAAGCCGAAGCCCGCCACCCCUCCCCCCGUCACUCCUCCUGUUACCAGAGAAGAGGAGGAUGAAGGGGACAAAAUCAUGGCAGAGCUCCAGGUUUUCCAGAAGUGCACGGUUAAGGAUGUAGGGGUGAAAAAUUUGGUAGAACCAACUUCUCGAAUUGAACCUCAAAUCAGAGAACUAAGACCGGGGCCCUUAUUGCCCCUCAAAGAGAAAAAGCAGAGCUCUGAGCCCACUGGAGAUGAUAAAGAUCCAGACACAGAUGAAAAUGGGAAUACUACUCUCCGACAGAGCCAAGGGGUCAUAUACUAUGUGACUGGUCAGAUUCCCAAAGAGCAUCCAGCCCCUUCAGGAACAGAGGAAACCCCCGAACACCGAGAGCCCACACAGCCUCCAUCACAGGUGUCAAAUGUCAAUGUUAACGACAAUUCUCCAAGCCAGCAGCAGCAGCAGCCACUGUCUCCACCACCCAAAUCACCCCCGCCUGUAACACCUCCACCUAUAUCACCUAAGCCUGUGGGACUGAAAGGAUUCAAACUUCCAAGGAUGCAAGUUAAACGCUCCGAAUCCUUGAAGACCAGUGCAGAAAUGGAGAAGGGAAAAAUCCUCAACAAAAUUAACACUGAAAAGAAAAGUAAAGUCAUCCAGCAACGUGUUUCUUCUAAUAAAAAUAUAAUACCCGAGCCUGCGGCUACCACAGCAACCAGUACCAUAAGAGUGGUGCCUAAAAGUUCUGUUGCUCCACCAAAAAAGGCUCCAAGUGAGGACAGUGAUCCACCAGAAUCUAAAUAUAAUCGUGAGGAGUGUAAUGAGGAGGCUAGUCUUAGUCAAGACUUGCCUGGAGAAGAGGCACCUCCACCCCCUGACAACAUAGCAUUUAUGAUCACUAACACCAAAGUUCAGGCCCUUUCCUGCGGCGAGUACCAGGAACUGGUCAAUGCCAAGAAAGGUGUCCAGACUGUUACUGUAGGUAAUGCAACUUACCGAGGGAGCACCACAGCAGGACCCAAUGCGCAACAGGAUAAUGGCUUCAACAACAAGCCUGUCAUCAUCAUUUUUGACGAGCCUAUGGACAUCCGUUCAGCGUACAAGCGCCUGUCCACCAUCUUUGAAUCUGAGGACGACCUGGACAGGAUGCUUGCAGCAGAGUGCAUCGAGGAGGAGAGCGAGGAGUCGGACACCGAGAGGAGCGGUGGGCUGCAGGUUAAAGCGGGAGGGACCGAGGUGGUUGAUGGCAAGAACGUCAGCACUUCAACGGUCACUGCAGACCACAUAUUAUCAUCCUCAUCUUCAUCAUCAAUAUCUGAGCUCACGGACAGUGGAGGGAACUUAGAGUCAAAUAGUGCUAAGCAGGAUGUUAAGAAGAAGUUCAAAUUUAGGUUCCCUACGAAACAGCUGGCAGCGCUGACCCAGGCGAUUCGCACUGGCACCAAGUCAGGGAAGAAGACUAUACAGGUGGUUGUCUAUGAAGAUGAGGAGGAAACCGACGGUACUAUCAAGCAGCACAAAGAAGCUAAGAGAUUUGAGGUUACACGCUCAAAAUCCUUUGCAGACGCUCCCAAGGCAACAGGCUCAGCCGCGCUGAAGAGGCAGAACUCCGACUCCCUCUACAGGACGGACGAGAUCCGGAAGAACACCUACAAGACACUGGACAGCCUGGAGCAGACCAUCAAGCAGCUGGAGACCACCAUCAGUGAGAUGGGACCACACUGCCCUGGGGAGCCAGUCUGCACAGAGGAAGCUAAAGCAGAGUAUGGGACAAGCUCAGAAGGAGUGGGGCUGAAGAGGUCUUCCUCUCUCCCUACCUCCAGAGGGCCAGGUCCUAAGAUACCCAGCAAAAAUCCAUUGCUGAAGAAGACUAAACCUCAACUGCUUCCUCGCCCUGUAGUCAUCCCUACUACCACAACCACCACCACUGUCCCCAGUGCGCCCACCACCAACACCAGUGUCGCUUCCCCUACUAGUCGGAUGCCCGUCCCUUUGUCUGCGAAGUCCAGGCAGUCGCCGGGUACUACUGACAAAGCAGGAAAACAGCAAAAACUGCAGGACGCUCAGAGGCAGUUCCGACAGGCUAACGGAAGUGCUAAAAGAGUGGGAGGGGAUCAUAAAACUACUUCCCCUACUAUACCCACCUCUAAAAUCCCUGCUUUUUAUCCUAGCUCUACUAAAGGCAGCUCCCAGUCUGUGCAAAACUCAGAUGCAACUAAUCCCAUUAACCCUUCCUCUUCCUCCUCCUCCUCCUCUGUAAUAAAAUCCAACAUCCUGUCCUCUCACGCUCCUCGUUCCGGUUCCCAACCCUCCUCCCACAUCCCCUCCCUGUCUAACGGAUCCCUUAAACUCCCCACACCCCCACAGCACACAGGUAAAGCUCUCUCGUUCUCCUCGCAGACUCAGAAUGGUCGAGUGCACUCCUCCUCCUCCUCUUCAUUCUCCUCCUCUUCCUCAUCCUCCUCCUCCUCCUCCCCCUCCCCUCUGUCGCCCACUCCUUUGGGCCCAGGUGGAAAGAGCAUCCGCACCAUACACACGCCCAGCUUCACCAGCUACAGGUCCCACAACGGCAGCAGCGGCAAAUCCUGCAUCCCAACAGCCACAGCAGCAAAGGACACCACUUAGCCCCAUUAUGGCCCCUCUGGCUUUACCGCAUAGCAGGUAGAGCUGGUCAUGUUUCAUUUUGUAUUGUUUUGGUUUGUUGUUUUUUUUUCAGUUCCUGUAAAAGUAUUAAGUGAUGCACUUCAUGUUUUAUUUGACACUGGCAUUCUCACACCAAUGCUUCUAUCUCUUUUGAAUUGCAAUUUCCAUUUUUGAAAAAAUAUUUACUUGGAUUCUGAUUCUUUCUUGGAGGUGUACCACAUGUUCUGUCAAGAAUAUUUUGUAAUGGAACUAAAAAAAUGUUUAGUUUUACCACUUUGUAGAUGAAAGUGGAAGGCUCUCGUGGUGUUGGAAAUCUAUUUUUCUUGCUGUAGCUAUGAAUAGGGAAUAUAGAGUUGAUGUACAAUCACGAAGUACCAUGUAAAAAAUGUGUUUUAUUUUUCAAACCAGAGAUUGAAUAACCAUAGUAUAUUUCUUAAGUUGUCAGACAUUCAACACAGCCCUUGUAAAUGCCUUUUAUGAGUGUAUACAUAAUGUAUACAGACACGUUAAAGUUGAACUCAUUAUUAACUUCUGUUUUCUAAGAAUAUUUUCACAUUUUUCACCCAUAUGAACUGCCAAUUUCUUUUACAGAUUUGUAAAACUGGUAUCAUAAGUAAUACAAGUUUUCAUUUUAGUGUGCCUAUUUGCCAAAGUUGUUGGACAAUGACUCACUUCAGGCCUAACCCAGUCACAAGAUUUAGGGGAAUUUACAUGCACUCUCUUGAUGUGAUGGCUGAAGUGUUGACCUCAGUGUUUGUACUGUUGGUCUUGGUUUGUUAAGUUAACAUGUAUUGUUGUCUAAAUGUAAACUGUACUAAAACAAAGUAAAUCAGUUCUACCACAUGUACAUAGAUGCUUAUACUAAGAAAAUAAGUAGUUUUGUUAACAUACCAAAGUUUAUUUGUAUGCAUGCCUUUCAAAUACUUUAGGAGAGUGAUGUAAAAAAAAGAAUUAUGUUUGCACAAAUAGGUUUUGUAAAUAUCUGGUUUUCUCUCAUUUUUGUAAAGCUUUAAAUCAUACUAUAAAGGAGCAAUGUGGUAAAGACAAAAACUGUGUUGGAGUAGCAAAAAUAAAGACUUGCAUGCUUGUAAUGCA